CGGGGGGUCAUGAUGGGCAGCAAAAUGGCGUCCGCCAGCAGGGUCGUUCAGGUGGUCAAGCCACAUACUCCGUUAAUAAGGUUCCCUGAUAGAACUGACAACCCUAAACUCAAUGUAUCAGAAGCUCUGAGAUCAGCAGGAAUCCCAUCACAUUCCUCUGCAAUGUCACAGCAUUCGAAGGGAAGUAAAUCACCAGACUUGCUGAUGCAUCAGGGGCCACCGGACACUGCAGAAAUACUAAAAACAUUACCUCAGAAAUACAGAAGGAAACUUAUGUCUCAAGAAGAAAUGGAGUUUAUCCAACGUGGAGGUCCCGAAUUAUCACUGACAGCGUGGCUGCUGUUUGUCAUCAGACAAAAGAAAUAUCUUUACAAUAAAGGACUUCCAAAAUGA